UAAUUAAUCUCUACGCUUCUCUCUCUGCAAUUACUCAUGGAGAGCACUUCUCUCUAGAAUAUUGAGUAUUGCUGACUUGAGCGUCGGAGUGUUUUCCCCGAGGAAACAACCUCGGGAUUUUAAAGUGUAGGAGCAGCUAAGGAUUUCAAUAGUGUUGGACUACAGUGUUUGACUGCGAAGCUGCCAAAACAUUUGGCGCCGUCUGUGGGAAACGAACAAGAAGUCGUGUGGCUUUACUUGCUGAAAGAUAAUAUGGUUCGUACCUUUACAGGAGGUCACCCUCCAAGAAAUGAAAUGGACGAACAAGAGGACACUCACGAUCACCUAAGUGAAACAGAUGAUGAAAAAACACCAACUAGGUAUGCAACCCAGCCUGAACAGUUCCAAGUUCCAACAGGAACAGGACAAAGAUCUUCUAGACCAUCCAAUUCACAGCGUGAACGACAUGAAAGGUCAAUAGAACCUGCUCGGACAACCGAGCUUGAAGAGAGAACCAGAGUUCUGGAGAUGGCAAUGGGUAAAAUCCUUAACCGUCUAAUUCCUGAUGACCCCCUGAUUCCUUCGCUCAACAGGGAUGCACAACCAAAUGCGGUUGUUGCAACACGAAAUUCCCCCACUCUAAGCAACAUAGCCGUGCCGACUAGGCCAAGGGGAAGCGAGAAGCUAAACCUCAAGCCCAGCUUGUCCAAACAUAGUGAAGAACUGAUGAAAAAGAGCGCGGACCUUGAAAGACAACUUGCUCCACUGAACCUGUCCAUCACAGCAGAACCCUAUCAAGAGGGAUUCAAAAUUCCCCACCUGGAGACAUAUGAUGGCUCAGGUGACCCCGAUGAACAUCUGCACACUUAUCAAGCCAUCAUGAGAAUUCAAAAUGCAAAUGAUGCCAUGAUGUACAAAGUGUUCCCAACGACACUAAAAUCAACAGCCAGGAGAUGGUAUCACAAGCUCCCCAGACAUUCUAUAGACUCAUACUUCCAGCUCGCCAAGCUAUUCUCCAACAAAUUCACGAGCCAGAGAAAGAUCAAACGCACAGCAACCGAGCUGAUGCAAGUUAAUCAAAGGGAAGGGGAAUCUCUGAGGGACUACAUGCAGCGAUUCAACAAAGCCACUUUGGACAUUGAUAACGUCCCAAAUACCAUCUGCCUGUCCGCCUUGCUACAUGGUUUAAAGCGUGGCCGGUUCCUGGAGGACCUCCUAGAAAACCCACCGAGGACUUGGAACGAAGUGAAUGAUAGUCAUGAUCAGCCGCCAAGGAGAGAAGAAAAGAAGAAACAAAAAGUCAGCGAGCAGUGGGGGAAGCCCGCUGACUUCUCUAAGUAUGCCAACUACAUUCCUUUAACCUUGCCCAUGUCUCAAAUCCUCGCGCAAAUACAACACUGGGUUAGAAGACCCCCACCCCCACUGUAUGAGUCCCCAAGGGCAGACAAGAACAAGCAUUGUGACUAUCAUCGUACCUACGGUCACAACACAGAAGACUGCCAACACUUGAAAGACGAGCUGGAAUUCCUGGCUCGCAAUGGGAAACUAGAAGGAUAUGUUCAGAAGCCCCACGCCCAGCAACCCACUCAAACUCAUUUUGUACAGGGGUACGACCGGCCAAAGGGGCAGAGGUAUCAGCUCGGCGAGGCACAGGAUGUAUAUCAGGACAAUCAAUAUCCUUCAGAGCAGGGCAGGGCGUACAGAGGGCGUCCGUUCAACAGGAGAGGACAGGGGCAGAGAGCUGCUGCCCAGAACCAAAAAGAUAAGAAAGGGGUAGGCUAUGCUGGGAUACCCCCGCCCUCGGGUACAAUAAACAUGAUAUCAGGUGGUGUUCACUCUAGGGGCCAAAGCGCCCGAGCCCGCAAGGCAUAUGCCCGACAGCUGAUGACUGUCAACAAAAACAGACCCUUGAAGCGGCCUUCACCAGAUAUCCUAUACUGGAGUUGCUUCCAGAAGAUGCAGCUAAAUCCGAGCUCGCUGCAGAAGCACGAAGGGCCAAUAUACGGGUUUGAUAACCAGCCCGUCCCAGUUGAGGGAGUUAUCACUCUUCCUAUAUAUGUGGGCUCCGAACCACGCUUCAGGAUGGCUUCCGUCACCUUCCUGGUCGUUAAGAUGGAAUCAGCUUUCAAUGCUAUAUUAGGAAGAGCCACCCUGUGCGAGUUGAAGGCUGUCAUCUCACAACCCCAUCUCUACAUGAAAUUUCCAACUCCUCAGGGGGUAGGAGUGCUUAAAGGAAAUCAAAAGAUGGCCAGAGCCUGCUAUCAAGAUACUUUCAAGAAGGAAGCAAAGCCAGCAGAGCCAGUAGAGCCAGUAGAAACAGUUCCUCUAAACCCAAAUGUGCUAGAAAGGACGGAUGUGUUUGCAUGGACUACGGAUGAAAUGCCUAGCAUCCCAACGGAGUUGACAGUCCACAAGCUCAGCACGGACCCCACCAGAAGACCGGUGGCGCAAAAACGCCGCCUUUUUGGCCCCGAGAAGCAAGCUGCCCUAGACAAAGAGAUACAAAAGUUGCUACAGGCAGGCUUCAUUAGAAGAGUGGAGUACUCCGAGUGGGUGUCCAAUCCCGUGCUCGUGAAAAAACCAAAUGGCAAGUGGAGGAUGUGCAUUGACUUCACCAAUUUGAAUGAGGUGUGUCCAAAAGACCCUCAUCCCUUGCCAAAUGUGGAAAAGUUAGUAGAGCGGGCAGCUGGGCAUGAACGGAUGAGUUUUCUUGACGCCAGCUCGGGUUACCACCAGGUCCAGCUGUUGCUAGACGACCAGGAAAAAAUAGCUUUUUACGCUGGUGACGCAAUCUACUGCUAUGUCAUGAUGCCGUUUGGCCUCAAAAAUGCUAGAGCAACAUACCAGAAGCUGGUGCAGAUCAUCUUUAAGCUCCAGAUCGGCAGAAACAUAGAAGUGUAUGUAGAUGACAUGAUAGUCACCAGCGUGCGAGCUAAGGAUCACAUUGACGACCUGGAUGAAACUUUUCAAAACUUGCGCCGAGCCCAAAUGAAGCUGAAUCCCUUGAAAUGCACGUUUGUUGUGGAAUCAGGGAAAUUCCUAGGGUACGUAGUAUCCAAGAAAGGAAUCGAAGUAAAUCCAGAGAAAGUCCAGGCCGUUCAGCAGAUGGAGCCUCCCAAGACUAUAAAAGAUGUACAGCGUCUGACAGGUCGGGUAGCUGCGUUGCACAGAUUUAUAGCCAGAUCGGCAGAAAGGUGCCUUCCAUUCUUCAAAGCUCUACGGGAGAAUAAAAACUUUCAGUGGACUGAUGAAUGUCAACAGGCGUUUGACGAGCUCAAACGAUAUCUAGCAUCAGCACCCUUGCUGUCCAAACCUGUCGAUGGGGAAUGUUUAUAUCUUUAUCUGGGGGUCACAGAAGAAGCGGUGAGUUCAGUGCUACUGAGGGAAGAGAAUAAGAAUCAGAAGCCUAUCUGCUACGUGAGCAAGGUGUUACAAGGUGUUACAAGGUGCCAAGCAGAACUACCCGCUAGCAGAAAAGGCUACUUUUGCUUUGGUCUGCACAGCUCCGUCGAGCUGAGUGAAUAUGACUUGAAAUUUCGGCCGCGCACAACCAUAAAAGGCCAGGCCGUUACGGACUUUCUGGUGGAGUGCAUCUCAGCAACUAAGGAAGAAAAAGCACCCGAACACCCAGUAUUGGUUUUGUAUGUUGACGGAGCUACUAACAUUGAAGGGUCCGGUGCUGAAGCUGUGUUGAUAGGCCCAGAUGGCUUUAAAUCUGAGCAUGCAUUGCGGUUUAAAUUCCAGACCACUAAUAAUGCUGCCGAAUUGAAGUCGAUAUUUGCCCUUUUCCAAAUUGAUAAAAUACCAAGAGCAGAUAACCACCGAGCUGACGAGCUGUCAAAGUUGGCAUCCUCGCAGGACAUUAACCCUCAGAGAUCAACAAUUGUCGAGGUACUCGACGCACCGAGCCACACUAAUUUCACAGUCGAGUGUCAACUACUAAGCACAGAUCCCUCUACACCGAGCUGGACCACCUCGCUUAUAAAUUAUCUACAAAGUGGCGAGCUACCUGAAGACGAGUCCGCCGCAAAAUUGAUUAAACACAGGGCGGCACAUUUCACUAUGUUAGAUAACCAGCUCUACAAGCAACCAGCCUCAAUGCCCCUAUUAUGCUGCCUUACUCUUUAUGAAGAUGAAUACGUCGUGAAAGAAGUUCACGAGGGAGUAUGUGGCACGCACAUCGAUGGCAAAACUUUAGCUCGAAAACUCCUAAAGCACGGUUAUUACUGGCCCACUAUGGUCGAGGAUGCACAGAACUAUGUCAAAAGGUGCCCGACCUGCCAGUUCAAUGCCGAUGAUAUUCACAUGCCAGGAGAAAUGCUCUCAUCACUUACGUCUCCUUGGCCCUUUGCUCAAUGGGGAGUCGACCUGCUCAGCCCUUUCAUGAAAGGCAAAGGAGGGUGCACUUACCUCGUUGUCACGUUCGGCAUACCUAAACGGAUAAUAGCUGAUAAUGGUCCGCAGUUCCGAGCUGCGGCGCUGAGGUCGUUCUGCAAUGAUUAUGGAAUUGAGCUCACCUUGACAUCUGUGUACACUCCACAGUCCAAUGGGCAAGCCGAGUCCGCCAAUAAAAUCGUCUUGCGAGGCAUCAAGAUGUAUGUUUUGGCUGCACAUACUAAUUGGGUUGACGAGCUCAAUAAAGUGCUUUUGUCAUGUCGUAUUACACCCAGCUCGGCCACAGGCGAAACCCCGUUCAGCCUGGCAUACGGAGCUGAGGCCGUCAUCCCCGUCGAGGUCGGAUUGCCAUCCGAUAGAUCAGAUCGUCAUGUCGAUCAGAAUAAUGAACAACUCUUAAGAGAAAACCUAGACCUUGUGGAAGAAAUCAAGGAGAUGUCCCGAAUAAGAAACAUGGCACAUCAAAGUCGUGUUGCAAAAUUUUACAAUAAAAGAGUUCGAGCUCGCCAGUUUCAAGUCGACGAUCUGGUCCUAUGUAAAGCUGGGUUAACUAACACUUAUUCACACAUGGGCAAGCUCGCUCCUAAUUGGGAAGGCCCCUAUAUGGUUGUUCAAGUUAAACGACCUGGCUCUUAUGUGUUAGCAGAUAUACAGAGACGUCAAUUGCCUUACAUUUGGAACAUACAGAACCUUAAAAAAUUUUACAGUUAACCUGUAUACUAUUCUUUUAUUCAAGUUGUUAUUCGACAGUUGUAAACAAUGAUAUACCGAAAAUACAACAAAAAUUCAAAG